CUAGCUUGUAGUCUUGUAGUCAUCAAACACGCUAUUAGCAACAUAGAAUGAACGAUCCAUCUCUUAGCCGUCUUGAGAAGCUACACAGAGCCCCAGCAGGUUACCACUCAUACCGUCCAGUCGACUGCAGAACCAGAAUGAGGAAUACUGCUAUCUUGGUAAAAUGGAUUGAGGAGCACCAGUCCAAUCCUUACCCCACGAAAGCUGAGAAACAAUAUCUAGGCUAUUACUCUGGCAUGAAUUUGACCCAACUCUCCACUUGGUUUGCUAAUGCAAGAAGACGAAUCAAGAAGAUAGGCAUGAAGAUUUGGCUGGAGGGACGCUCGACCUUCACUGUGGACCUCUUCUCCACUCCAUCUCAGUCUGCAAGAACUGUAUCAAUGGCUAGCUCUGACAGUGGCUAUCAUGGAAGUGUGUCAGGUUCGUAUGGUGCAAGCUCUUAUCUCUACCCACAAGCACUCAAUUCAACCUACUCGUCCAACCAAACAUCAGCUGCCAGUUUGUCAAACCUUAGCGCCAUCCGAGGGCAAUCACUACUCGGCAACGGACAACAACCUACAAUCAACAAUGUAUAUUCCCCCGAUUCUUCCACGGCUUAUUGCAGCACUAUCAGUUCUUCAAGUCUAUACGGUGCACCGCAGCAACGCUCCACUUUUGCACAACCUCUCAUCGGAGUACCGAAUCCAAACUGGCCUGCCAUGUUGCCCUCAUCUGCAUCACAAGUACUGCACACCACCUCUGCACUGUCGAGUCUACCGCUACAAAGACAAAGCAGCCAAAACAUUGCUCCACUUCACUCUCCACUCACUGCACAAGUUUACUCGAGCGACCCGCUACGAAGUCAGACAUCCCUGGACAUGAAUGAUGGCUCUUACAAUUGCCUCCAACAGCAACACUCGCCAGACUCACAAAUCCUACCAGAAUGUGCCUCGUCUGAACCAACUAUGCUCCAAGAAAGUCCCAAAACCCUCUACCAUUCGCACACAGAAUAAAUGAAACAGGUUUCAUUUUUGUUAGCCAGGCAAUAAACUGCACCCCACUGGACACUCAUUACGUUUGUAUCAUAUUUCUCUCUCUCUCUUUUUACUGUUUUCACGAUCCUUAUAAGUUCUAUGGUUUUAGUGUGUGUGUGUAUUGAAAUUUCUGUAUCUUUUAUAUAUAAUAAUAUUUUAUUUGCUACCCAUGCUCUUUCUUUGCGUAGUCUCUGUGUGCAUUAUUUACUGUGGUCUCACAAUAAUUAUAAUUAGUUAACAGAUCAUCAUUAUAUCAUCAUCAUUCACUGUUUCUUCACUUCUCUGUUUAAUAAUAAAUAAAAUUAUUAUUGAAAUUGCUUAUUAAA